AUGGCACUCUUUCAAUCAUGGAUGUGGAAGUGUAAUAUCCUUGUGGGACUGGCCCUUGUUUGCCAUGAAUGCGAUGCUCUGAUUCCGCGAUCAGAGUUUCUACAGCAGAGUCUGCUCGCAUUCACCACAUCCAACAUUAUUACAACUUCAAGUCAAUGGAUUGCGGUCGAGGAAGACGCUUUGCUGUGCAGGAAUGGUGCUCUUACUCCAGAACAAGCUGUGCCUGGAGCUUAUAGUAACUCUUGUAUGACGUUGCCCCGUCGAAUUGUUCCUCUUCAAAUACCAACGAAAAAAAGCGCGACCUCUUCCAGCACUGAAACCACCACCUUGAUUAUUUCCCAAGAAGCCAGUGGGAGUGGGAAGACAGGGCUGGCUGUUUGGAAUUCUGGUUUAUUGUUGACACGGGUAUUGCAGUCAUUGGCACUACAGAUUCCUCUUUGGUUUGCACAACAAGAACGAAUUUUGGAAUUGGGCUGUGGAACAGCUGUCGUAAGUAUUGCUUGCCAUCGGCUCGGUGCUCCUCAUGUCUUAGCUACAGAUGGCAAUCCGGACGUCGUUCGCCUAGCCAACCAAAAUAUUGAGACCAACCAACAACCGAAGCCAAUAUCCGGGAAAAGUUCGGGUGAUGCAAACGCUGACACAUCUCCGAAGAUGAGCUCAAUUGAGGCAAAGCUGCUGCAAUGGGGCUUGUUGAAUGCAAUGGACUAUAGCGAAGCGGCAGACUUGUUGCUGGGAUCCGAUUUAACGUAUAACUCUGGCACCUGGAGAGUACUAGCGGAAACAAUGGAAGCGAUUUUGAGUCCAACAGGGACAAUAUUGUAUCUAAGUUUGGGCCAUGAAGGCUUCAAUGUCAAUGCUGAAGUCGAAGGCUUUGUAUCAGUGGCAAAGGAAAUGGGAUUGGUCCCGGUAUCAGAAAUCGGCGGAGACGCUGGUGAAAAGGUUAUUCCAGUCUCUAGCCUCGUUUCUUCCGCCAUAUCAUCGCAAGAGGACUUCAAGCAACUGCAGGUUAGUGGAGGGGCCAAGAUCAUUGCCUUGCAACGAAAGCAACUGCGAAGGAACUCAUGA